GCCUAAAUACCCACUGAGUACAGUUUAGAGUCAAGACUAACUAAACACUAACUACAAGCUCGGGGACUUUCCUGUAGGUUCCUCACUACACCCUUCGAAGUGGGCGUGUCCGCCCGCCCUGACUAGCUCAAAACACACAGGUGUGGCGGGGUAGGGAGGAGGAGGCGGCGGAACGGAGAGGACCGGAUUCGAACCCCACACUCCUGAAGGCGGAGUCCUGGACUGGGCGUUCCAAGGAGGUGGGGGUGGGGAAUCCGGCCCUGAAGCCUGCCAGCCGGGCGCCUCGAGCCCCCACCUCCGCGGCGGCUCGGGCUCCCGCGGCGGCCCUGGGUCACAAAGGCGGUUGCCAGGCGCCGGUGGAGAAAAGAUGCGGCCCGGAAACAGCAGCCGCCACUCUGGAGCUUGCGGCCCGCGGAGUUCAGCAGGUGGGAAAUCGAGGGACUCGGUUCCUUGGAACGGGAGUGUGAGAGGGAAGACUUUUUGGCCAGGAGUACGAGGUGUUCCUUAUCUGGGAGCUAUUAAAGCAGCUUGAACAGACUUCCAAGGUUCAAACCCCCUUGGAGUGGAUGACAGUGAUUUCUGGGUGGUGGGAGUGGAGGGGUGAAUCGUCUUGAUUUAAAACUUGGUGGAAGUGGCUUAAAGAUCUGGGAUCAGAAGCCCUCUCUCAUCUCCACGUUGGUUCUGUCCAGUACUUAAGGCGGGACAUUUGAUAAAAAGCCUUUUACGUCUGGCCCUAUUUGUUCUUAGGAGGGGAGCCAGGAAAAGAAUCCUGGGAUUAAAUAAUCUUUUUGGUCAUAUACUGAGGAGUUAACACCCUCCACACCCCACCUUGCCAUCGUGCUGUACCAGAGCAGCCCUGAUCUUGGAUGUAUUCUCUCAGGGUGAUGAUAUCAAGCAUCAGAAGACUUUCAUAGGCUGUUUGUAAUAGAUAACCAACCCCUCAGUGUCAAUUUUUCAUCCUAAAGCAGUCCAGAUAUUUGAACACAGUAUGUGAAGGAGUGUACAAAGAUAAGGAGAGACAUAACAGUUGAAGGAAAACAACAAAUCUCCUUUACGCUGACCACAGUCAGGGACAGGUCUUCUGGUCUGAAAUGUCAUCAACUCUUUUAAAAAUGAACUUUACUGUCUUACAAACUAUGGUGGAGGAGUCAACUUUUCACAGCAUUUCCUGGGCAAUUACUGGAUGGGAUGGGAUCAGAUCUACUGCUGUUACCUUUUGUGGGAGAAGAGAGAAGGGGCAGAGAAAUAUACUUGGCUGGAAAGAAAAGGGAACUGCUAAUGCUAUGCCCCUUACCAUAAUAGGACUGUCAAUGGCAGGAUACCAGCUCUGGUCACCAUGGACCCCACUGGACGAGAGCUUCCAAUGGCUGCGGCACACAACACCUACACCUUCUUCAAAGCAUCCCUUUAGGGCUUCCCCCUGCUUCCCACAUACCCCUUCUGACCUUGAAGUGCAGCUGUGCUUUCAAGAGGUCACUCUAGUCCUAGAUAGCCCAUUUCUGGAGCCUGGGGUGAGUCCCAAGUUACCCUGCCACACAUCAGAGCUCCGAACCAUGAACAACAAGAAAGGGCUGGUCAGGAAGCCCCAGCCUGUCCGCCUCAGUGGAGUGGAUUCCGUGUUUGGCAGGGUCAUCACAGCUCAGCCACCAAAAUGGACUGGGACCUUCAGAGUUUCAGACAAAUCAGCCUUUUGCAAAAUCAUCAGCCGGGAGAACCAGUGGCCCACUGGACUUAAGGAACCUCAGAUUCAGAUGACAGUGGCCAUGUGCAAACAGAUGCUGCGCUCUAUCCUCUUACUGUAUGCAACAUACAAGAAGUGCACCUUUGCCUUGCAACACUCCAAGUAAAGGGUUCCCAUCUGAUUCCUGUUCCUAAUACCAUGUCCUGUGCUAUGUGCCUGAAGCUUACAGAAACCUGUCCAUGUAAAAGAAACUGACAUCAUCUGAGCCAUCUUGCUUUUCUGUCAAGCAGUGACAAUUCAGGAACCCCUUUCCUCCUCCCCCCAACCAAAGGCCAGUGACAGAGCAAAGGAGAACAUUUCCAUUGUAAAGUUGAACAUUUAAAAGAGAGUCAAACUAGUGUUGACAUGUACAUGUGAGAAAGAACCAUUAAACCAUAUAAACCAAUGAGCCUCGUGUGAACUCACUUAAACAUCUAAGACCACAAUGAGAUGGGGAAACAAAGGGGUAUCAAGGAAGGAGAUUAUGACUUUCCAAGUACAUGAGGAUGAAGGGGUCAAAAAUCUAUAGAUGGGUCAAGGAUUAAAAAAAAUAAUAAAAAACAAAACAAAUAAUCUCCCCCACCAAAUCAACAACAAAAAAACCUUAACCAACCACAUCCUAAUACCAAUGGAGAGGGCAAAAGUGGAUAGUAAUAUUAGCAAAUAUUAAAGAAUAUUUGUAGCCUGGCAAGAAAGAACUUGGAAGCAGCAAUGAAACUGGGCUUUCUGGCAGAACACAUGAGAGUUCCCCAUUUUAGCUGGUGUACUGUUAGUAAUUCUGCA